UAUUCUCAGGCUAACUAUCAGAAUACUCGUAUACCAGCCUACUUUACUAAGACACAUAAAAACAAAAAACAGCCCAGACCUACACCAAUUAGUACCACCACUACUACAGACAUGCAGAUACUACAAUCACCAUCAACA